UUCCCCUACCUACCGGUGUCCAGUUACGUUGUGGAGAACGUUGUGGACGACAGUUUGUUUGGAGUUUAGUCACACGAGAAAUCCCGUUCAAUCUUUUCCCAUUAACAAAAACACUCGGAACAGUGUCGUAUUCGUCGAUUGUGCCUUAGUGAUCGUGGAUAAGUACUCUGUACCGGUUUCCCUUACCGAUUUCCUCGGUAUACCCAUUUACAUUCCAUACCCACGCGUGGUUUUGCAAGUACGCAGGAUUCGGUGCUUUGGUGAACAUUUCCAUGGAAAAACUGGAGGAUCCUCACUGAAGGAUCGAGGACAGUCGGUGCUGAUAUUCCGAUCGACUUUCGACAAACGGAUCAGGAAUGCGGCGGGAAUCGUUAAUGAAAAAUGGACAUUAAACAGAAGCCGCAGAACCAUCGUCGUUCUUCUCGGCAAGAAGGGACGGAAGGAGGUCCCGGAAGAUAUCUCCUUUUCGUGAGAACCACCGACCUUCCUCCGUACGUGAGAACAGCAACGAGAGGUCGGCCUUGAAGGUGUGGAAGAAGUAACGCGUAGCAGUGGUCGAGCAAGCAACUCGGUAUCGAGAGAGAUUUAUUCGAGUUUCACAACCUCUCUCGAUCAGCGGCACCGGUCGUGACCUCGAUAGAGCUCAUCCACCUGGUCGGCUAUCUUAGCUCGGGCUCCGCAGGACCCUGGAAAGGUCGAGUCGCUCUUCGGCUACUAUUCAGGGAGAUGUAGCUGAUCGACGCAUUCGACCUGUUCGUUACUUUUCCGAAAGUGAAUCUGGAAGACUUUGAAUAUCAGUGUAGAGACGGAAAGAAAAAUGAAGACGAUGGGCGACGUGGUCGCGGACCCCGUGGACGAAGAGAACGACACCUCGGGCUCGGGGCAGAACGCGAUUACAGGAAAGGAAUUCGGUCAGAAGACGCUGAGGUCGUUGAAGAGGGGGCUAGGAAGACUCUGGAGAAGGCACAGGGGUAAUGCCUCGAUCACAGAGUACGACCCUUGUUAUAAGGUCGCUUAUCUUGGGAACGUUCUCACUGGAUGGGCCAAGGGUGAGGGCUGCGUAGAGAAACCAGUGUCGACGUUAUGGCGCAAUUACGUUAGCAGCAGCAGACCGGACGUGUCGAUGAGGUUGACGGUCACGAACGGCGGUUUGACCGCCACGACGAAGGAUCACGGUCUUACGGAGUACUGGGCCCAUAGGGUGACCUAUUGCACGGCACCAGCUUCCCACCCGCGCCUAUUCGUCUGGGUAUAUCGUCACGAGGGACGCAGGUUGAGGCCCGAGCUCAGGUGCCACGCGGCCUUAUGCAACAAGGAAUCUACCGCCAGAAGGCUGGCCUCGACAUUGAACACUAGGCUACAACAAGCGCUUCUGGAAUUCCGACGGGACAAGGUCUCCAGACAAAAUGCUAGAUUAUCCCUAGCAAGUGCUCUGUACGAGAACCCAUCGUUACCACGACGGAAGUUGCUCCUCAGCACCGGAGGCCAGAACUACCGACCUCCGCUAGAGAGGUCAAAAAGCGCGCCAAAAUUAUCAGCGAUCGAGGAGGACAUAGUUGCCGAGGAGAUAGAGCAGCAACGAAUCCUCGAAGAGCUGAGAACCUUGGAAAAUGUGGCGCGUAGCUGGCAGGACCAAGACAGCUGGAGACUUGCUCGUCUGCUUGAUGCCUUGAAUCGAGAGUCCUCCGACGAAAAUGGCAGUAUAUCGAGUGGUUGUGAGACUGCCAGCACUGCGACUAGCGAGGAGAGAGCUCCUGGUCCGGAGGAUCAUCACGCUACAGGUGACGGAAGGGAGCAACGAACGGAUCGAAGAGUGAUGUUCAGCGACGAGAGCAUCGUAAGAGGUGCGGGUCCCCGAAGAAACUCCGAGGGUUCACCGAACUUCAUGACCUGCGCCGGAAGUCCCCGUUUUCACCGUCGCAACGUGGUCAUCGGUCGGAAGAGGUUUCCCUCCCGAAACGAGGAGGACGAAUCGAUGGAAGAAGAAGACGAGGAGAUAGAGGAGACAGCCACCCACGUGUUCGAUUUCGAGGACGUCGAGGACUUCGACGACGUGGUGGAUUACCGACCGAGAGGCGAGAUAUUGCGCAGGCUGGAGGACCCUCAAGAACGAGAGAGACGGACCAUGGAGAAGUACCCAGGCAGAAUGAGCGAGGAACUGCUGCAAAACGACGAAUCUCCUUUUUUGACGUUGGAUUCCUUGGACGAGGAGGUGGACAGCGACGAGAGCGGAUACGUGGAGGCUCCGCCGAAGUCCCUGAUGGGUCCCGACGACCGUAAAGAGGACGACGAGAGCAACAAUAACGUCGAGGUGAAUAAAGGUCCCAAGGAAUCACAGGACCUGCUCAGAUCGAAACUCGAAGCUUCCAAAGAGAAACUCGAAGAGAAGAAAGAAGAAGAGGACUCGAAGGACGCGAAAGAGAAAAGCGACUUCAUCAAGUGCCCCAUCUCGGAGACCAUCAAGAAGCUAGCGAACGCCUCCCUCAAGAGCUCCAAGUCCUUGGAGAUGACCACCAACAACUGUCUCAAAGCUCUGAAUAAUUUAAAAACGUCCAAGUCCUUCGACGGUGUUAAAACCAUCGAGAUCGAUGGCGAGUCACCCAGUCUUCAUCAAAGGAAACAGCUGUUGGCUCAACAGGGUGUCAUCGUUUGAAAGCUCUUCCUAAUCUUGCAGGGAAAUUUGGUUGCUGCGUCGAAACGGAGUAUGUUUCUGACUCGCCAUCGUUAGACAAUUUUCGAGGGGAGGAUUUUGAGAUGAUGUUCGUUUUGGUCGAUCGAGGAGGUGGUGUACUGUUGUAUCUGUGUCGUGGAUAUAGGGAGACGAGAGUGGGGUGCACUUGGGGACACGAUUGUUCUGUUUGCGAAUUUGACGUUUGAGUAUUUAGAGAGUUUUGGUUUUGUAAUUUGUGUAGGUCGGUGGUUUUGAAUUUUUUAGUUUGUGUGGAUG